AUGGCUUCCCCAGAGGAGCUUGAACUUCACGUUCCAGACCCCAGGAUCGAAGAUUUCACAUCGCUCCUCUCUGCUUCGAAGAUUGGUCCCGAAACCUGGUAUAAUACUGACAACAACACGGAUUUUGGCACCACCAAGAACUGGCUCGCUAAAGCGAAAGAUGCGUGGCUUGAGCUUGACUGGCGGAAGCAAGAAGACCGCAUCAAUAGCUUCCCCAACUUCAACAUCACCAUUAAUGACGUCGAUGUUGGACCCAUAAACAUUCAUUUCGUUGGUCUUUACUCCAAGAGAAACGAUGCCUUACCGCUGCUCUUUCUACAUGGGUGGCCCGGGUCUUUUCUCGAGUUCCUUCCACUGCUUGAUAUUUUGAGAAGCAAAUACACCCAAGAGACUCUUCCUUACCAUGUCAUCGUUCCCUCUUUACCGGACUAUGGACUUUCCAGUGGGCUUGUCGAAACUGAGCUCACGCUUGAGAUAGCGGCGAGGCUUAUGAACGAGCUUAUGGUCGCUCUUGGUUUCGAGUCGGGUUAUGUUGCCCAGGGUGGUGACAUCGGUAGCUUCCUCGCCAGAAUUCUGUCAGCCAGUCAUCCACAGUGCAAAGCUUUCCACAUUAAUAUGCUUGCUCCAGGAUCCCAGGAGGAGCUUCUUACUACGGUCAACAUCACCGAUGCUGAGACACAGCACGUACAGCGAAUGCUAAACUUCAGCGCUACCGGGUCAUCGUAUCUUCUCGAGCAUGGCCUAAGACCGUCGACAAUUGGUCUCGUUCUACCAUCAAAUCCACUUGCCAUGUUGGCCUGGAUUGGCGAGAAGUUCCUCGAGUGGCCUGACUCUCGUUAUCUACUUCCUGUGGACACAAUCUUCAGGAUGGUGAGCUUUUACUGGUACACAGACACUUUCCCAAGAAGCAUGUAUCCCUAUCGAGCUCUUGCGGGGGCAGCAGCAGCAAAUGUUCUCUUUUCUGUUCCCACGUCCAAAGAAAAGCCAUUUGGCUAUUCGGUGUUUCCGGCGGAGAAUAUUCUCUUGCCGAAAGCAUGGGCUGAGAAGGUCCAUCCAAAUCUUGUCUUCUACAAGCGCAAUGAAAAGGUUCGCCUGCUUCCACCAAUAGCUCGUGUGUUCACGUUCUGCGUCUAA